AUGAAAGUUGGACUGUUGUGGCUCGUCCCUCUUUUCACUCUCACUGAGGGCACCAGUGGCUUCCUGCAGCAAAAAAAUGAUGACAACAGAACAAAAGGAAAUGCCAGUGUGGUUAAGAAAAAGCAUCCAGUCCAGGAGUAUGAGCUGCUUCUUCAGAUGACUUACAGAGAUCCGGAGGAGAAGAAAAAAUUGAAGAACUUUCUGCAGCGCUUGAAAUCUUCAUCACGGCCCUUACCUGGGCCCAGCGAGGUCAUCAGAGUGAAGGCCACCACAUACUGCAGAAGCCUGUGGGGGUCCCUGGAGUGUGCCUGUGAAGACAGCUACAUGUGGUUCCCCCCCUCCUGCCUCGACCCCCAGAACUGCUACCUUCACAAAACUGGACCCCUCCCAAGCUGCAAAUGCCCUCUCAGGAGCCUCAGCCAGAGCACUCGUUUCUGUGAGAGAGGAAAGGUUUGGGGCACUUUUGAAAUUGAUAAACAAUUUCCCAGAGACCUUUGGAACUCAUCGUCUGCUGUAUACGCCAACUACAGAACUGAGAUUGAAAAUCAGCUUAAAGAAGCAUACAGAGGAAUCCAUGGUUUUGAGUCAGUUCAGGUCACCCAGUUUCGAGAAGGAAGCAUUGCUGUUGGCUAUGAAGUGACCGGCUCCGUUAGCACAGCUGAGCUCCUGUCUGCCAUUGAACAGGAGGCUGAAAAGGCCCAGGCAGCCCUGGCAAGGCAGUUUACAAUCAAAGAAGGCUCUUUCAGAGUGUUCGGGAAAGCUCAGUGUAACAGCAUCUCCCUUGGAUUUGGGUCUGAGAAUGAAGAAUACAGGCUACCUUGUAGCAGUGGCUUCACUGGAAAUAUCACGGUCAGGUGCCAGUCCUCCGGGUGGAAGAUCAUUGAGGAGUCCUGCGUGCUCUCUCAACUGGAAGAGCUGAACAAGAUGUUUAGUAUGAUUUCAGGCAAAAUCACAGAGGAAGACGUGUCAUCUUUGGUACAGAAUCUUUCCACCAUCCUUCAGCAAAACCCAUCUACCACGGCUGGGAAUCUGGCUUCAGUGGUGUCACUUCUGAGCAACGUUUCAUCCCUGUCACAGGCAAACUCUUUUACAGUGUCUAAUUUGACACUGAAGGAGAUCAUCAACAUUGCCGAUCGUAUUCUGAACUCAACCUCCAUAACUAACUGGACAAUUUUAUUAAAAAAAGAAAAGGAUGUCAGCUCCCAGCUACUAGAAACAUUGGAAGACAUCAGCACUCUUUUACCUUCCGCUGCCCUGCCUCUUAAUUUUUCUCAAAAAUUCAUUGACUGGAAAGGGAUUCCAGUGACCCAAAUCCAUAUCACAGAGGGUUACAACUAUCAGAUUGAAAUGAUACAGCAAAAUGCCUCUCUCCCCAUCCGAGGCCACGUGCUCAUUGAACCAGACCAAUUUCAGAAAUCCCAUCCAAAGACGAUUAUCAGCAUGGGCUCACUCACCUUUGGGGACAUUCUACCCAUUACCCACAGAGGAAAUGCACGGGUCAAUGGGCCAGUGAUAUCCACACUUAUCCCAAACUAUUCCAUCAAUGAAAUUUUCCUGAACUUUUCCAAGAUCAAGGGAAACCUGAGCCAGCCUCAUUGUGUGUUUUGGGAUUUUGGUCACUUGCAGUGGAGCAAUGCAGGCUGCCAACUAGUUAACGAGACUCCAGACACAGUGCUGUGCCGAUGUACUCACCUGACCUCCUUCUCCAUGCUCAUGUCACCCUUUGUUCCCUCUUCAGUUGUCCCUGCGGUAAAAUGGAUCACAUACAUAGGGCUGGGCAUCUCCAUCGCAAGUCUAAUCUUAUGCCUGAUAGUUGAGUGUCUGUUUUGGAAGCAGACCAAGAAAAGCCAAACCUCAUACACGCGCAACAUCUGCCUGGUGAACAUCGCCCUGUCGCUCCUGAUUGCUGAUGUUUGGUUUAUCAUCGCCGCCACUGUGGACACCUCUGUCAUCCCUUCUGGAGUCUGUGUAGCUGCGGUGUUCUUUACCCACUUUUUCUACCUUGCCUUAUUCUUCUGGAUGCUUGUCCUCGGCAUGCUGCUGGCUUAUCGCAUCGUCCUCGUGUUCCAUCAUAUGGCCUUGCUCAGCAUGAUGGCUAUUGGGUUCUGCCUGGGCUAUGGGUGCCCUCUCCUUAUAGCCAUCAUCACCAUUGCUGUCACCCAACCUAGCAAUAGCUACAGAAGGAACAACGUGUGUUGGCUUAAUUGGUCUGAUGAGAGCAAACCUCUUUUGGCAUUUGUAGUUCCUGCACUGACUAUCGUGGCUGUGAACUUGGUUGUGGUGCUGCUGGUACUCAGAAAGCUUUGGAGGCCAGCAAUUGGAGAGAGAAUGAAUCACGACGACAAGACCACUGCCAUCCGCAUGGGAAAGAGCCUCUUCGUGUUGACCCCGCUGCUAGGGCUCACCUGGGGUUUCGGCAUAGGGACUAUGGUGGACAGCCAGAAUCUGGCUUGGCAUGUUCUUUUUGCUUUCCUCAAUGCAUUCCAGGGAUUUUUCAUCUUCUGUUUUGGAAUUCUCUUGGAUAAUAAGCUGCGACAACUUCUGUCCAACAAGCUGACUCCCUUAAGCUCAUGGAAGCAAACAUCAAAGCAAAACUCCUCAGAUACAGGCACCAAGCCUAAAUGCUUAAGGACUUUCAACAUACUACAGCACAGAGGCAUUUAUGCACUUUCUCAUACUGGAGAUUCAUCCAAUGACAUCACAUUAACCCAGUUUUUAUCAACCGAAUAA